CAGCCGCUAGAGUCGCAUCCUGCCCAUAGCAUUUACACAGCAGCUGGCUCCACUCUUCAAGUCCUCAGUUGAGUGAGCGCACUACUGAUUCCACCCAGCGAACUGCACUGAACUCAACUGGAUCAUGCACGAGAUCUAAGGGGGAAAAAACGAUUCUGUCUUCUGGACUACCUUUGUUGUGUGUCUGAGCUGAGCUGAAUCUGAUGGUUUUAUUUCGGGACUUGUUUUGUGAACGCAUUUCCCGUGAGAAUGCCACGAGAGUGAACCUGCGAAGAACUCUUUCUCUCCGUCACGCAAGUGUUGUUGGUUUAUUUACCAGACGUUAACAAGGUUACCCUACACGGCCGUGAAAAGCAUCCUCCUUCUUCAUCUUCCACCCAACUCCCACCAUGGCGAUCUGAUAAUGGACAACACACUUUACAGCACCUGCCGCAGCCUGCUGCUGUGUGCUUUGAGUUGAGUCCAGGUGUCCAGAGAUCCUCCUGUCUGAGAGAGAGAGAGAGAGAUAGAGGGAGGAUGACGGAGGGAGUGGAGGCGGAGGACUCUUCCGCUGGCCUGGUUGUCCCUCCCGGAUCAGUGUCCCCCACCCACUCCUGCACCGAUCCCGGACGAGCCCCCGAGGAGGCGCCGGAGGAGUCUGCGGCAGGUGGAGAGGGAGGGGAGGAGGGUGCCGAGGGAGGCAGUGACGAUGGCGAUGGAGGGCGAGCCGGGCCCCUGGGAUUCUUGGGCUUGGCAGGGACUUGCUGUGUGUGCAUAGAGAUGGAACAGGUGCGCAGUUGCCUGCGCUCUGAGAAGAUCUGCAUCCUCCCCAUCCUGGCCUGCCUGCUCAGCCUGGCCUUCUGCACAGCCGGCCUCAAGUGGGUCUUUGUGGACAAAAUCUUUGAGUAUGAGCCGCCCACCCACCGGGACCCUGAUCGCAUGGAACAAAACCCCUUCAUCGUCAUUGCUGACCCCACAUGGGAUCUGCCAGUGUCAUUUCCCCACCCCUCCCCUGUCCCAAUGCCGACGACCACCAGCACAGGACAACCUGAGGUCAUAGUAGAGGGGAAACCCACCGGAGGACCCUUUGUACCCCAGUCCCCCAGAGUGACUCAGUACACCCCUACCUCUGCAUUGACGUACCGCACAGACCCGCCCAUACAACCUGGACCCCCUAUCACCCCAAAACCAGUGAACAAGGGAACACCAACCCCCUACCCACAAACUACUGUGGAAUCGAAUGACAUUUUUGUCCCUACAUUCUCUGCCACCAGCACCACUGCUGUGGUGAAGACCUCCAGCCACAUGACGCGCUGCAGUGACAGCCAGAAGAACUACUGCGUAAACGGAGGGGAGUGCUUCACCCUGGACAUCACCCCUGGCAGGUCCAAGUUCCUCUGCAGGUGCUUAACGGGAUACACAGGGAAGCGAUGUCAAACCACUGUGCCUGUGAGAGUCAUAAACCCAAAACAAGCUGAGGAGCUGUAUCAGAAACGUGUAUUAACAAUAACAGGAAUCUGCAUUGCACUCCUAGUGGUUGGAAUCAUGUGUGUGGUUGCCUACUGCAAAACAAAAAAGCAGAGGAAAAAGCUCCAUGAUCGUCUGAGGCAGAGCCUACGAAAUGAGAGAAACAGCAUGGCUAGUAUGGCUAAUGGACGUACGACUUAUAACCCUUCCCUUGAAAACGUCCAGCUUGUCAAUCAAUUUAUGUCUAAAAAUGCAUUGCCCACACAGCAUCUACUCGUGAAGGAAACGGAAACGUCCUUCUCCACGAGCCAGUACACAUCAUCAGCGCAUCAAUCCACCACGGUCACCCACACCUCCAGUCAAAGCUGGAGCAACGACCGCAGCGAGAGUGCCUUCUCUCACAGCCGCUCUGUCUUGGUGAUGUCAUCGGCGGAGAACAGCCGGCACGCCACACCCAGCCACCGGGGUCGUCUGAACGCCACGGCCGGCGCCAGAGACCUGAGUGCCUACCUAAAGGACACUCGAGACACGCCAGACUCCUACAGGGACUCACUGUACAGCGAGAGGUAUGUAUCAGCAAUGACCACCCCAACCUGCCUGUCUCCUGUGGAGUUGCUCUCUCCCGUGACCCCGGGCUCCCCUCCUUCGGAGAUGUCAGCCCCCAUGUCCAGCAUGGCAGUCAGCCCCUCUGGCGAAGAGGAGCACCCCCUGCUAUUCACCACCCCGCAGUGGCCCCGUGACAAGCCGCCGCUCCCCAACCACCACCACCACAGCAAGUCCAAGAGGAACUCUGCCCACUACAACCAUGGCCACAAGGCCCACAGCCCCCCGCACAGCCCGCUGAGGAUUGUCGAGGACGAUGACUACGAGACCACGCAGGAGUAUGAGGCGGUCGCCGCCACGGUCGCGGUACCACCCGUUCCCCCGCAAAGCCUCACUAAAAAGCUCACUAACAGCUACAAUGGCCGCCGGGCCAAAAGAACAAAGCCCAACGGCCACGCGGUGGGCAACAAAACGGAGUCCAACGACCGAGGGAGCAGCUCGGAGAGCGAGACGGAGGAGGACAAUCGCGUGGGAGAGGACACGCCCUUCCUAAGCUUACAGGACCCCAUGGCUGCAGGUGUGGAGCCGCUCACAGACAGUAGCAGGACUUACCCAGCACUCCGACUCUCCCCACAGGAUGACCUGCAAGGCAGGUUAUCCAGCGUUAUCACCAACCAAGAUCCAAUUGCUGUAUAAGGUGAAAAAUGAAAAAUAUUGCUUCGAAAAAUACGUCAGAUUCAAAAAGAAAUAAUUCAGAAUCACUACUAAACCUUUAUUUUCUAUGAAUUAAAUAUUUCCACACAAAAAAGAGAAGAUAAAAAUUUUUUAUUUUAGUGAAGAAGUGAAAAGUAUUUUAUAAAUAAAUAGAAAUGUGUACAAACAUGUGCCAUACACUAGUAUGUACCAAUGGUUCACAGUAUUUCAAUGGAGAAAAAUAUCAAUGGUGCCUUUAAUUUCCGUUUGGUGUGCUUAAGGGAACUGCAUCACGACUCUGGGCCAUGUACAGUGCCUUGCAAAAGUAUU